UAGUGAAACACAGCGAGAGAUAGACGUGUGGCUUGAUUCCCUCGGUUAAGUUACGCUGAAGACUGCUCCUGCAACAUUGUGGAAGAGACAUAUUCUGCUCUCACAGCCUCUCUUCGACGCACUGAAUUACAUUUAACUAUGAUCGCCAUGAUCUACACGCUCUGUCACUGGGUUAUAAUGCAGGAUUAUAACAAAAGAAGCAUAUUUCUAUAGCCACCGUGCACCUAAAGACUGUUACAUCAGCUUAAGCCUGAUAGUUUGGUUGGUGCCAUUCCUUCCGGUUUCCAAACAGACACAUUGCCUGCUUGCAUUUCCUCUGACUGCCUCUGGAAGUCCUUGGUUUCAAUGGCCUUGUUCUAGUCUAGCAGUGCCUUGGAUUACAUUUCAGUUCCUUUCAACUCUUUAGUGUUGUAUCUUCAUCAAUAAGGCCUUGGCAAAAUGACGCCUAACGGAUAUUUAAUGUUUGAGGAUGAAAGCUUCCUAGACUCUACAGUAGCAAAGAUGAAUGCACUUCGCAAAAGUGGACAGUUUUGUGAUGUUAGACUUCAGAUUUGUGGCCAUGAGCUGAUGGCCCACAGAGCUGUCCUUGCUUGCUGUAGUCCCUACCUGUUUGAAAUCUUCAAUAGUGAUGUGGACUCGCAUGGAAUGUCGCAUGUAAAGUUUGAAGAUCUGAACCCUGAGGCAGUUGAAAUUCUUCUCAAUUAUGCUUACACCGCUCAACUGAAAGCUGAUAAAGAGCUAGUUAAGGAUGUUUAUUCUGCUGCCAGGAAGCUAAAGAUGGACAGAGUAAAGCAGAUAUGUGGCGAUUACUUAUUGUCAAAGAUGGAAACCCAGAGUUGCAUCUCCUACCGCAGCUUUGCCAGCUGUAUGGGAGAUGGUCGUCUUUUGGGGAAAAUUGAUAUGCACAUUCAGGAACACCUUUUAGAAAUAUCAGAACAAGAUGAGUUUCUCAAACUACCCCGUCUAAAGUUAGAGGUAAUUCUUGAAGACAAUGUUAGUCUGCCUGGCAAUGGGAAGCUGUAUUCCAAGGUAAUCAACUGGGUGCAGCGCAGUAUCUGGGACAAUGGAGAAAGCCUUGAGCAUUUGAUGGAGGAGGUUCAAACACUGUACUACUCUGCAGACCACAAACUUCUUGAUGGAUAUCAGCUGGACGGACAGACUGAUGUGUUUGGUAAUGGAGAUGAUCACAUCCAGUUUGUACAGAAGAAACCUCUUCGAGAGAAUGAUCACAGGCAGAUGAGUAACGGCUCCUCUGGAAAUCAUUCUCCUAUUGGAACAAGUCACCUUUACAAACACGAAUGGAAAUACAUUGCCUCAGAAAAAACAACGAGUAACACCUACCUGUGCCUGGCAGUUCUUGAUGGAAUGCUUAGCGUAAUAUUUGUGCAUGGUCGGCAUACUCCACAGAGUUCUCCUUCAAGUACCCCAUGCCUGCUGAAGAGCAUGAGUUUUGAGGUGCAGCUAGAGGAGCCAGAAGAAAAACUGUUGUCACCCAUGCAUUAUGCCCGCUCUGGGCUGGGAACCGCAGAGCUAGAUGGCAAACUGAUAGCAGCAGGUGGCUACAACCGAGAGGAGUGCCUUCGCACAGUUGAAUGCUAUGAUCAAGGGAAAAAUUCUUGGAGUUUUAUUGCUCCAAUGAGGACACCCCGGGCACGAUUUCAGAUGGCUGUUUUAAUGGAUCAUUUGUAUGUAAUUGGUGGUUCAAAUGGGCAUUCAGAUGAGCUCAGCAGUGGAGAAAAAUACAAUCCAGUAGCAGAUGAAUGGACUCAGGUGCCAGAAUUGCGCUGCAAUCGAUGUAAUGCAGGGAUUUGCUCCUUGAACAACAAACUGUACGUUGUGGGUGGAUCUGAUCCUUAUGGCCAGAAAGGCUUGAAAGCCUGUGACUCUUUUGACCCAAUUUCAAAGACUUGGACAAAUUGUGCCCCUCUUAAUAUCCGUAGACACCAGGCAGCAGUGUGCGUGCUGAGCAAUUUCAUGUAUGCUAUUGGAGGAGCAGAGUCUUGGAACUGCCUCAACACUGUGGAGAGAUACAACCCUGAAAAUAACACGUGGACCUUUAUUCCCCCAAUGAAUGUGGCUCGAAGAGGAGCGGCAGUAGCUGUAUAUGAAGGCAAGCUCUAUGUCGUUGGUGGUUUUGAUGGCUCACGUGCUCUGAAUUGUGUUGAAAUGUACGACCCUGCAAAGAAUGAAUGGAAGAUGAUGGGAAGUAUGACUUCACCUCGGAGUAAUGCUGGAGUAGCAGUCCUGGAGAAAUUGGUCUUUGUAACUGGAGGAUUUGAUGGAAAUGAAUUCUUGAACACCGUAGAAGUUUACAACCCUGAGACCAAUGAGUGGAGUCCUUGCAACAAGCCCCACAGUGUCAGUUAAAUGUUCACAAUGUCAAACUAACAGGCUUAGUGAUGUAAUAGUGUUUUAGUGAUUUUUUUUUUUUUUUGUUUUUCCUCCCCCUCCUUUUUUUGCCCCACCCAUCCCCAAGUUAGGGGGCUUGGGGGGGGAGGGGGUGGAAUGGGGGGGGGGGGGUUAAUGGACGUUGCUCAAUGCAACAUAAAAGCCUUUGCAUAUUGCAUACGAUAUUGCGUGCUGUACAGACUUCUUUGUUUUUUUCUUUCUUGCCACUGUAGAAGUAGAUUCUGUGAUUCUACAGUUUUUAUUUUUCUCUUGUAGAUGCAUUAAGCCUUAUUCAAAGGAGGUAUAACGGGUUGGAACUUGGCGUUUUAAAAGCAGUGCUUGCCAACACACAGUAUUUUUUUAUUUUUUUUUUCCUCCUCUUAGGGGUGGCUUUUAUACAUGCUGGUGAGCAGUCUUAUCAAUUUAAUGUUAGAAUAAGCAGGUACACUUUUAAAUUUUUUAUUUAAAAGCAUUUAAGUGUAGGGUUUUUUUAUGCACACAUGCACCCACAUAAACAGGCUUAAGAUGUGUUUCUGCCUCUUUAAAGAUCAGUACAUUUGUACUGAUUUUUAGAUUUUUUUUUUUUUUUUCCCCCAAGAUUUAAAGUUUGCAAAGAGUAAAGAUUUGUAUCAGUAAUUGUUUUGAAUUUGUGUGCUUUUUUUAAGAAAACAUAGGAUGUGAAAUCUUUUGUUACAAGCUAAAAAGCUAACAUUUUUAAGUAAUAAACCAUUUCAAGUGUUGAUAA